AUGUUAGAAUACACGUCCUUGUUGGUCUACACUCUGUUCUACAUGAUCGUUUCGGUUGGUUUCGUGCUCAGAACUACCGAGUUUGUGUCCAAUGGUCUUACCGUCGAGAGUCUGUUUCACUCGGUGAUCGACAAAGAAUACAACAAUUUCAUAAUGCAUCACAUCAAGCGAACAUCAUUAAGUAUCGUUGUACAUUCGAGCCUGCCAUUCGUUUAUUUACUAGGCACACUGCUAGUCAAUGACAAUGAAAAAGCAUUUGUGAGUGUCUACUUUAAUGAGUUGAUUCUUUUGUCAAUGUUGCCCAUCGCUUGUAGUCUUGAAAUAGUAGUGGUUAAAUGGAAACCCAAUAAUUGGGCCAAACAUCCAUUAUCAAUUAUUUUGAGUCGGUACAGUUCUGUUGAUUGGACACUUAUAGCUCAGAACAUUUCAACCGAGUAUCAAUGUCUUCAAAAAUUGACGUUGGCCUAUGGUACAAUAAAUAGAACAGUCAAAUCGGAAAGUUCUUUCUUAGUGUACAGUUCAGAUAACCAUGAUUCUACACCUGAUGGCACUCCAGGUAGUGUACAGUUCAUCAACAUUCAAGUGAUACCAAUUCGUUCUCAAAUCAAAUGGUUUAUUGUUAGGUCUGAAGACUUUAAGACACUAGAAGAACAUAUUGGCCAUCCUAUACAGAUUGCAGAUAAUGUCAAGUUACAGCGCUCAAGAACUGAACGAUUCAUUGAAGUAUUUCGUGAUCAAGUUUCCCAAAAUCCAGUAUAUAAUGGUUAUAGUUCAGCAGAAUUAGAAGACGAUGUAUGUGCUGGUUUCUUGGUGAAUCCUCCGGAUGUUAAACUUACUAAAUGUUGUGAAAAUAGCAAUGACAUAGUAAAUUGUACUUCGUGUCAAUGCAGACCUAUGUGGCGUGUUUAUUGCAUGGAUAAGUGGUAUGAAUCAAGGCAACCUCAAAACGACACAACCAUAUGGCUAUCAUCAAAAUGUACCUGUCCACUUUGUCGUCAAUUGUUCUGUAUCCUUGAUGUCUGUCCAUUGGAAAAUUCUGAUUUAGCUAAGACUAAUUAA